UGCAAAUGCAUUUCGAACGAUACGAAUGAGGGGAAUAGUGCUUGACUGUUCAGUUCGUACUAAUUUCUUUUGCGCUGCAGUCGGGAUGUUUGCUUCUGUUCCCAAAUUUCUUUCACGACCAAAAUUUUCUCCUCGAUUAUAGCGAAUCGCAAAUCGACACUGCAGGCACGAUAAAUCACACCCGCUCAGGCUACAAAGCAUCAAGCCUUUUCAAUAUGAGCAAGAGUGAGCCGUCUGCAGCCAAUCAUGGCAUCAAACGCAAGCGACCAAGAUCCGAUGGACCAAACUCAUCACCGCUUGCGGCCAAGAAGCAGAAAUUAUUGCAAUCGCGGCAAAAGCUUCCCAUAUUCAGCCGCGCGCGGGAUAUACGUUCAUUGAUGAGCAAGCACAAUGUCCUCGUUCUCUCAGGUGAAACGGGUUCUGGAAAGUCAACUCAAGUCCCGCAAUUUCUACUCGAAUCCAGAUGGUGUACGGGCAAAAUUGCCAUCACGCAACCGAGACGAGUUGCCGCAAUCAAUCUGGCCAGACGUGUAGCAGAGGAAAUGGGAAGUCCCCUCGGAUCAGCAAGUCCAGCUAGUAAAGUCGGGUACAGUGUCCGGUUCGACGACAAUACUAGCCCAUCCACUCGGAUCAAAUACCUCACCGAGGCUGCAUCAUAAUAGAUGAAGUUCACGAACGAAG